AUGGCUUACCUCUUGGUAUUUUCCAUUUGUUUAGCAUUACUACUAGCAUCAAUUUCCCUGUACCGAUAUGGGUGCAUCCAGCGCCAACAUCCAGUUGUGACCUUUUCGGUGCUGACUGCAUGGAGCUUUUCCUUUCUGAUCGUUUUCACUAUUCCAUUGGACGUCACUUCGACCGUCUACCGGCAAUGCAUCUUGGAACACAAUACAACUUCAAAAUCUGCAACGGUGGCUGCUAAUGGAGGCAACGAGAGUACCUGCCAGCGCCCAUGGGGAAUGGUGGAAGAGGAAGUGUUUCCGAAUCUCUGGCGCAUCAUUUACUGGUCGUCGCAGUUUUUAACCUGGUUAAUAAUGCCACUGAUGCAGUCCUACCUGAAGGCGGGUGAUUUCACUAUCAAAGGUAAACUAAAAUCCGCCCUGGUCGACAACGCAAUUUACUAUGGAUCGUACCUGUUUAUCUGUGGUAUUUUGUUGAUCUAUCUCGCGUUGCAACCCGGAAUCUCUCUGGAUUGGCAGAAGUUGAAGGCAAUUGCUUCGUCCGCAUCGAACACGUGGGGCUUGUUCCUGUUGGUGUUGCUUUUGGGUUACGCUCUGGUAGAAGUUCCCCGAGGACUAUGGAACAAUUCAAAGCCUGGUUUUACUCUGCAGUAUGCCUACUUCAAAUUGUCUAAACUGAGUACCGAGAAAGCGGAAGCUGAAGAGCAUGUGGAUGAUGUUCUGGAAAGCUUGCUCUCAGCUAGUCGAGCUAUUCCUGCACGACACGAGCUUCGACCGGCUGUGGAAACUAUUUUACGGAAAGUCCCAACCGAAUUAAUGGAACGAGCACGUCGUAUCAGCCGAGAUGAUGGAUCUCCGGUCGCUGUUCCGUCAGAGAAAGCUUUAGUUAGGCUUCAUCGGCAGGUUAUUAAAUCUCUACAAACUUUCCAGCGAACAGAAGCGCUCUGGAAUGUUCAGGUGAACAAAGUUCUUCAUCUGGAAGACGUUGCUAAAAACGCUGUAUCGUUGGAUCAUCGCUUCAAAAUGGAGUUUCCCAGGAGUCGAUCUGGUCUGACCAGAGCAAUGUAUAGCCCAACACUAGAAUGGUACUGGGAAUGUGUUAUGAAGGCUCCUUUUCUCAAGGCAUUGGCUAUAAUCACUGGGUUUUUAUCGUUUACCGUCGUCUGGAGCGAGCUGACCUUUUUCAAUCGGGAACCUGUGUUGUCAAUCUUUGCCAACGUGCUGGAGAUAGCGAAAGGAAGUUAUGAUUUUGUUACGAUCGAACUUUUCUCGAUGAUGACCCUUUGCUAUUUAUGCUACUGUGCCUAUUCAACUGUGUUUCGUAUCAAAUUUCUGAAUCUAUACUACUUGGCAGCACAUCAUCAAACAAAUGAAUACAGUCUGAUAUUCAGUGGAAUGUUACUUUGUCGUCUGACACCACCCAUGUGUUUGAACUUUCUCGGUAUGAUUCACAUGGAUUCACAUAUAAUUAAGGAACGAAUUCAGGAGACCCACUAUACUCAGAUUAUGGGUCAUAUGGACGUGCUGGGGAUUAUUUCCGACGGAUUUAACAUCUACUUUCCAAUGGUAAUGCUUGCCUUCUGUUUGGCCACCUGGUUCUCACUAGGAAGUCGUGCUCUUAAUGCUCUUGGCUUCCAGCAAUUUAUGCUCAAUGAAACCAUCGCCACAGAAUUGGUCCAGGAAGGUAAAGACUUGAUCGUACGGGAGAAACGAAAGCGUCAGCGGGCCGAGGAUGCGAUUGCCCGUCGGCGGGAUAAUAUUCUCAGCAAUUUGGGAAGAGAUUCGGGAAUUGGUAGUAACAGCAGCGGAAAUGGAGGUGGUGGCGUCGGCAACAUAAUUGCCAAGUACAAGUCAAGGAAUUUGGAUACAGCUACCGGUACGGUUGGCCCGAACGAUGAUCUAGUGCGACAUGGCGAUCGUCUUGACUACAGUACCAAUGGACGAGGGGGGACUGAUCUGAACCGGUCUUUGACGGAUGAGAUCAACGAACGGUUCGGAGUUAGCACCAACGUUACCGUUGGUUUCAAAGGAUAUAGCGAAUUCGGCGAUGAUGACGACGACGGACGAGGCAACAGAAGCGGAGGCAAUGCACCGCGAGGAUUCUUUGAUGAUGUCUAAAGGAUUAGUGUAUUAGUGCAUUUUAUGUUUACAACAGUGGUGAUACUAAGUUAAAAAUAUUAAUUAUAUUUUACGUUUUUGAUGUACCAAACCUGUCUAAAUUCCAAUCAAUCACCAGCCACUAGUAUGAAUUACAAUUCUAUUAGCCACUAAAGCUAACAUUUGAAGCCUAGUUAUACAUCAGCAAAAUUCCACUGCGUUUUAUAAAAGAGAUAAUAGUCCACGGACCAUAAUGAUAGUCUAAUAAAUCCAUUUUUAAGCGAAGAACAAUUUUCAAGAUGUUUAAUAAACGUAUAAUGCAGAAAAUGGUAGGUCCGUCCAAUAUUCAAGGAGAUCUACAUGGAAUCAACAAGAAUGUAUUGGAAGUAAAGUGAAGUGGAAGGAAGCUUAAUAAUAUUGUAUAAUUAUACCGUAGUUUAUCAACAUAUAGUGUGUUAUAAAUGAAUUGCUUGCAGCACAUAAAACAUACUGUGCUUCGAUUAUAUAUCUAGAACAGGAAUCUGAGUAGCAAUUUCGUGCUCAUAUACUAAGAAAUUCUAAGCACAUACCCCCAUCAUACGCAGCAGGUUUAAACACAUAAAGACAGGAUAGUAGGUAUAUGAUAAUGAACAAAUGAAGUUCAAUAAAGUAACUGCUAACAACA